CAAAAAAAUGAAAACUUCGACUUGCUAUAGCUAGUUCCGAAGUACUAGUUUUAUUAUUCUUGUCUUUUAUUAUUUCUUCUAGUACUUCAUUCUAACGAAACUCGUUAACAAUUAAAAAGCCAACAGAAAAGUUCUUUAAUUUAAAGAAAAUUCUUGGAAAAUUGUGUUUAGAAAAGUCAAUCUACAAUUAAAAGAGUUAAAUUAAUCGUAAGCAAACUUUAAAAUGUCAACGAGAAGUGGUGAAAAACGCCGAAGUGCGGCAGUAAAACAAGAACAUGAAGAAAGCAAAUCUAAAACUGAAGCUCGUUCUAAGCUUAAUAAAGCAUUGGAAAAGGUGGAAACUGAACAGGAGAAGGAAAAAGAACAACAAGAGUCGUCUGAAGAAUCAGAGACAGAAGUUCGAAGAAAAAAAUCAGUUAAAGCUGAAAAGGAAGAUUCUCCAGUUAUUAAAGAGCAAAAAUUAGUGAAACCUAUUAAGCCAGUAGCACAACCAUCAUACAUUAUGAAGCUUUUUGAUCGAAGUGUUAAUCUGGCCAGAUUUUCUGAAGACUCGCCGCUUUAUCCAUUGUGUCGCGCUUGGAUGGAAAAUCAGCCACGGAGUGCACUUCCCAUUAAACAUGAAUUUUCACCAGACACUCUUAACAUUCAAACUGUAGAGGAAGGUGAUGUUGUUGAAAUGCCCAAAAUACGUAUUCGUAAAUCAACAAAACCUGUAAUUCCACGAAAAGAGUCAAAAGUGGAUAUAAAAGAUCUUGACAAGGCAAUUGACUCAGAAAUUUGGACAAAAGAAAAACUUUUAGACUUUCAUCGCUCACGUUGGGCCGAAGAACGUGCAAAACAUAUUGAGACCAUGAAAAAUUUUGAAGAGAAACAUUUCGCAGCAAAUCUUGAGCUACUCGAAACUUUAAUCAAAAUCGAAGAAUAA